AUGUCAAUUAAUUCCUCUGUCGACACCCGGUCUAAUAACAAAUCUUCUUCUUGUACCCCAGUCAUUAUCAUUGGUGCAAUAGCUGGCAGCCUUGUCUUCCUAGCAAUGGCUGGAAGCUUACUAUAUCUCUUUUCGCGCAAAGAACGGGCCCGAAGGAGAAAUGCCCACCAAGAGGACUUUUCUCCUCUUGAACCGCCACCAGCCUAUAAAACCGACGAACUAGGCACGCCCAGAGGUCUCCACUCCCAACCCCGGCCGUUAUCUUCCUUUGCGCCGGACUACAGUCGCCAGGCCCAGUAUGCACAACAAUACCAACAGCAACUCUCUCGCCCUUCCUACGAACAACCUCCAUCAUACCCCACACUACCAGCGUAUGACCCAUCACGAUAUCAGCCUAUUAGGCCGACGUCCAUGGUGGGCGAUAUUAAUGCCCACACCCAUACCUAUAACCCCGCCAAUCAUGCCAAUCCACAUCCUGGUCCCUCUUCCCGCUUGAGUGCAGUGCACUACGGCGAUGCCAGAUUAGCCACCUCCCGGCCAGUGUCGAUGGCCGAAUACGGCCCUCCAAUUGGUCCCGUACCUGUCCCAACUAGUUCGAGGCGCCAGGCAACUAUCCAACCUCCACCGGAGCAGAACACCAGGCAGGAGCGCAGGGAUAGGAGGGAAAGAAGUGCAUCUGAGUCAAUGCUGUCGGCUCAGGCCGCCCCAAAACAGCCUAAGCCCGUCUUGUCGCGGCUGAUCACCAAUUUCCGUUGA